GGCCGCAAGUGCCAGCCCUACGUUGGUCAGGGAUAAAGUGCGCGGCCAUGUGGAUAGGGUUUCGCCUUCCUUCCUCAGGCUCAGGCGGCUCCACUCCAUGGCUUCUAGUACUACAGACCACAGCUGGGGCGUUGUGGCGAAGUUUGUAUGAUCACCCCUCCUACUAUUACUUCUACUAGCCAGACUAGCGCUGGUCGAAUCCUGUGGCCUGAGUCCUGACUACAACUCCUCUCUUUUCCUGACUCGUACAGGACUCGUACAGGAAGGAGGGCCGUGCACUUUUCUAGGGGCUCUCUGUAGUGGAUCAGCUGUGCAUUGAGUUGCUUCACGCUUGUUGUAUUUGUCUAAAUGACUGUGAACAAAUCCCGUCAUGCCACCCUGCUUAGCAACUGCUCGCCAUUCAGGGUGAAGCCAUUGGCAAGAGCUGAAGCUGACGGCACACUUUGAACACAGAGAUAGCUGAAGAUCCGAGAACAAAACUGCGGUGGCAAUGGAGGACGACAACGAAGACAUGGACCUGGAUUUCAAUCCUUUUGACUCGACGUUCGAAAACUUUGAGGAGUUUGACAGCCACGACGUGGAGUCCCUCGCAAAGGAGCUCCACUUCUAUGAGGAGAAGGCCGAGUUCCUGGCAGGGCAGGGCGCGCUCGAGGGCUUCUCUAUCAGCCGGGAUGCAUUCUCGAUGCAGCACGAUUACUUCUCGGAGGACGUCGGCCAUUUGGACGCGAGCAUCCAGGCGCAAAGAGGUGCCUCGCCCUCCGAAUUAGACCUGCACUUUGCUGACCAAAGUCUCCGGAGCUUUUCUGAGGGGAAGAAGCAGCUGGGGGCGGGCCCGAGCAAGAGUGCGGAGGACCAAGGGGUGCAGCGGACAAACAGCUCUGGAUCCCUGAAACGAACGCUGUCGGAACAAGCGGGCUACUCUGGGGCCGCGCACUCGGAGGAAGCCCACUCCCGAGGCUUCAGAGGCCUCGGUUUCGGCCAGGAGAUGCACGCGGUUGAAUCGGACGUCUUCGGGCGGAGCUCGGACGCGUUUGGCCGAGGCUCUGACGCAUUUGGGCAGAGUUCGGACGCUUUCGGGCAAAGUUCGGACGCUUUUGGACAGGCUCACGAACGGGGCUCCAACGGCCUUGGGCAACGUCCGGAUCAUGACGACGAGGGGCAACCGCCCGGCAGCCAAUUGCAUCCGCUAGCACCCCUAGAAGACUCUCUUUUAGGCUCACAGAUAGAGCCGCGGGCGGGCGAGGCCCCCGCUUCGUUCAGCAACGACGACGACGCGCUCUUCCGCUUUGACACCGACAGCAAGCCGUUUGACUUUGGUGCUGCUCUGUUUGGCCACCUGCCGAAUGGGGCGACGGCCUUGCCGGGCCUGGAGUCGGACUCGCCGCAAGAGCUGGCGGGACGGGGGGAGGGGGGCAGCGGUGGCCUGCUAGAGCCAGGUCUUUUGACCACUGAGGAAGCGAACGAGAUCACCAAGGCGAACAUGUGGGUCAGUUCUGACGGCGACGAUCGGCCAAUUGGGAGCCUGAAGGAGGCCAAGUCCGCAAAGAAAGCAGGGUCGUCCGGCAAGAGGAGUUCCCGGAAACGCAGCGCCGCGGCAAUCACGAAGAAAAUGGACCCUGUGGAAGCGGCCCGGCUAGAAAAGAAUAGGAUCAAAGCGCAGCGGCACCGCGACAAGAUGAAGGCGUGGAAGGAGGACGUGAAGCUGGAGAACGAGGACCUGCGGGCGCAGCGCGCGAAACUGGCGGAGGAGCGGGAGGAGCUCGCGGUGGGGAAGGCGAGCCUGGAGCGGGAGAAGAACGAGAUGGAGAAGACGAUGUCGCGGCUCCAGCAGGAAGUCUCCCGGCUGCAGUCGGAGAACGCGCGGUUGUGGAAGGAGAACCAGGAGCUGAGCGAGGCAGCACAGGCCGGGCAGCGCCAGGCCGACACAAAGCUCCUGCGCGAGCCGAGUGGCGAGGAGGGGCCCCACGUGGCGGAGCUCCAGAAGCUGAACGACCGGCUGAAGGAGCAGAACGGCAAGCUGGAGGAGGAGCUUGCGGUGGUGAAGGGCGCGUUUGCGGCGCAGCUCCACACCAUGAGUAACCUGGUGGCGAUCCGGCCCCCUGGCCGGGAUGACGAGGGAUGACGUCACAGUUUCAUCUUUUCCAAAGGGGCUUUGAUUGUGAAGACCCUCCUGAGAGGAUUUCAAUCCCCCGGGCUUCGCCGAGUAGUGAUCCUCUGAUUUCGCCGCUUAUCGUGGCUAGACACUUCGGGGUUCAAGAAAGGUUAAGGUGGGCGUCGCCAAAGUUUCGGCGCGCGCACACCCCGAGGGUCCACCAGGCAUUGCUACGCAGUGCGAGUUUUAAGAUAGGCCAGGUGGGCUUUGUUAGAAAGUGUGAAUUCUCGACUCGCGAGUGGCUAUCCCUGCUACGAGACACGGGUUGUUCUCUUAGGCGCUGCUAAUUAAGUGCGCGCUCAAGAGCAUGUACAGAGUUGCAGAGAGCAGUCAAAAGAUUUGCUGCCAGGCGCCGGCCGCGGGCUCGUUCCGUUCGCGCGGCGGUUCCCCCCGGCAUGCACGGUGCCCGUUUCCGACCAGAUUGACUUACUCGAUAGGACAAAGAUACGAACUUUCCUCACAAGAAGGAAUUUGAUUUUGAUCAGCCUGUUUUCUCGUUUGCAUUGUGCACUAACUUAGAAGCAACCAACAAUGGUGAAGUUGUGGGGGGAAGUGAGUUUCUUUCAGCGCUCCAUGAUUAAUCAGUCCCGCUGAGCACAAUCCAGCCAUGCAGUCACCCGUCC